ACCAAGUUCCGAAGGAUCUGAUUUGAGGCGAGGGUUCUGUUUUGUGGUUUGUGAAAGUUUUCUUCGUCCUAAAACACCCAUAACUGGAUGGAAGGCUAAGUCUGAGUUGUGAUCAAAAAUAACAUUCGAAAAGAAUUCCGUCUUAGUGUUUGCGAAUGACAGGUGCGUGUGUGUUUGUGUGACGGAAAGGAACCGAAAGAUAUGGUAUAAUUCGAUUCCGAUCUCCGCAAGACUAAUAAUCGAUUCCUGAUACGAUAACAGUAACGAUGAUUUCGAUCUGAUUGAAACGAUUUCCGCCGAUUCAGCAGGUGAGAUAUUGAAAAAAUCAUUCGACGUAUAAAACUUGAAUUGCGCGUAGAAGUGAGUGUUGAAAGCUUAUUGCACAUUGGUGCGAGAGAAGAGCAAAAAAAACAGUGUUGUGAUACAUCCAGCUUCAUAAAAAAGGCAUGAACCCCAGCGGAGGUGUUGAGCGAUAAACUCAUGGAUAAUAAAAAUAAAUAACCCGAAAUAUAGAAAAAAAAACCUUGGUGAGAAUCGGAAGCUGCCGAGAGCACAAGUGAAAAUUAAUAUUUAAUUUCAUUUUUGGCAGUUUCCCUGCGUUGCCAUAUCCGCAGAGGUAAAAACGGGCCGAAAAACGCAGCCCGAAAACCCAUCACCAAUCAGCAUUAUCGUAAUCGAACUCCCGGAACGAGGAAAUUGUUGAUUUUUGUGUGAAGCAGCGGACUAUCGCGCUAAAAAAGCCGCCAAAAUUUAUCCCCACGAGAUGGACUACUCAUACCUGAACCAGGCGGCGGCUGGAUUCGAUUCCAGCUGCCUCCAGGGUGGGAUGGAUCCGACGGGUCUCGGCAACAUGCCCUGUUCGUACGGCGACCUAACGUCGUGCAGUCAGAUGUCCCAGGCGGCCUACCGAUACACGGCUGCGGCGGCCUCGAUGGCUCGGUCCUACAACCCCGUUGGAACUGGCGUGGGUCCGGGAAAUGUGAGCAUGAGUGCGCUACAUCACGCGGCCGCAGCGGCCGGCCCGGGCAGCCAGUGCUCGGUGAUGGGCGGCCGGACCCAUCAGGAUGUGCACCGGGCGUCCAUGUUCCAGACGUCGAUGAAUUUGCAGACUGGCCUGCCGUACAAGGUCUACUCGGGACACGACUCGGUCCUGGCGGAGAAGCGAAAGCAGCGGCGGAUACGAACCACCUUCACGUCGGCUCAGCUCAAGGAGCUCGAGCGAGCCUUCCAGGAGACACACUACCCGGACAUUUACACCCGCGAGGAGAUCGCCAUGAAAAUCGAUCUCACCGAGGCGAGGGUUCAGGUGUGGUUCCAGAACCGACGGGCAAAAUUUCGCAAACAGGAGCGGAUCGCCCAGCAGAAAGUGUCCAGCAAUAACAAUAACAACAACAACAACAACAGCAGUGCCAGUAAUAACAACAAUAACAAUCCGGAUUCGUCAUCGGUGAAGAGUGAACAAAAGUCCAGCGCCGGAAGUACGACACCAAAGGAUAUCAAACCUGGUUCUCCGCUAUCGACGGUUUCCACCACGCCCAACUCCAGCGCUUCCUCGCAUCAAUCCAACGGAGACAUAAAACCCAUCAAUGAUAUGCCCUGCGUGCUUCCAACUUUGCGAGUGGCUGCUUACCACGAGCGUUUCCAGUACCAUCCUGGCCAUCCGGGAAUGUUCGGGCUAGUUCCUCUGCGGAUGACUGAAGACCCCUCGCAGCAAGGAACAAGCACUAGCGUGCCGGCAGAAUUGGCAGGCAAACUCACCGACUCGGAUCUGAAUGGCACCGUCACCGGCAGUGGUGCUGGCCUUCUUGGCAGUCACGUUGGCAGCAUCGGAAAUGGCAGCAGUCUUAGCGCCACCAACAGCAACAGCAGCCACAGCCACAGCAACAACAACAACAACAGUUCCAACAAGUGGAACACGUCCUGCAAUCCGUUGCUGCAGAGCCAGAAAGGAGCGGCCAACCAUUUGAGCAUGAAUCACAAUCUGCAGAAUCACCAUCACCACCAUCACGCCGUUGCCGCGCUGUCUUCGCCGUUCUCUUCGCUGCUGGGAGCCGGCGGUGGAGCCGCUGGAUACUUGCUGGAUCCGUUGGGAGGACUCAACAAAACUACCGCCGCCAAUCAUUUGUUCUAAUUCGCGGCAGGUUACAUCAGGACAACGGGAAAGUGGAAAGGCGGUGGGUUUCUUUCCACAGUUUAGAAGGAUUAGGAAAGAUAAGUUAAGAGUGUUAGGCUUUGUAAAUAUGAUAGAGAUGGAACUAUUCGAUGCUUGUAGCAGCAAAGGUUUCGAGAAAACGCAACUGAAAUUUAGUUCUCUCGGCAAAUUCUUGGUCGCAUGGCGACCUCAAUUAGAUGGUUGAUCAAAUAUUCUGUCCGACACUUAUGAAUUCCAUUUUCGCAUCUGGAUAUUUGGAGACGGGUGACGUUAAUUAACUUGAAACGCUCUGCGAAAAAAAAAUCCCAAAAAUCGAGCUGUCAGCAGCAAGCUUGUCUAUCAAUCAUCGGCGAACACGUGGCUGUAUGCGUGAAUAUUUUGAGUUGAAUGUUUAAAUAUACACUAAUUAGCCAUGACUAGCAGAAUUAUAAAAAUAACUUUCUCAUCGUGCGAAAAUUUUGUAACAAAACCAAAUAAAGCAAAAACACACGUAACGCUCCAGUGGUGCUGCUGACGAAAUCAUAAAUGUCACCCACUUUUACAUGCGCUCCAAUGCCUGAUCAGGUCCGAAAGUUUGUUAAUUUGAGCAAGGUGACAAAUACAGGAUGCAGACUAAUUAAGCAGUCACUCAGGGCCGUAAUAAGUGGUACAAUUUUUCCCGCAGAAGCUCCCACAUCCACACGAAUGCACACCUAAUUAAAACCAGAAUUCAGUUGCAACCAAAAACGUCCAUCACCGAGCCGAGUUUUGAGUAACUAUUGGCUAGGUUCCGUUGCAGUUAAUUGGGGAGAGGUGUUUCACUCGUCCCACCUACGCAGCACACGUUUUAUAGAGACGCGAGACGCGAGAGAGAAAAAAAAAACACAAGAUUAUUAUAAACCAAUUGAGUGGAAAGAGUCGCUAUGUGAUGUGAUUUGUUUCCGAUUCCGGGCGAAUCGAAACACUACAGUAUACGGAACGAUUAUCGUCCAAAAUAUCAAACGAAUCAGUAAACGAUAUAAUGAAAAGAUACAAUAAAGAAGUAUAUAACGGAACAAAAGUAAUAAUAAUAAAACCGCAUUUUUCCAAUCAAAUCGCGCUAGUCAAAAGUAAAAUGUAGACAGAAAAAAAAGGAAGAAGCCAAAUAAUAUGAUUAAUACUUUAUAUGAUUGUGAAGCUAACAGCUCAACCGAAUCUAAU